AGGAAAGGAAGCAACCUAGAAAGUGCAUUAGUUGAGAUCAAAAAAUAAAAUAAAAGUGCAUUAGAUUACUGUAGUUUUUCUCUCUAGCAGAGUUUCUAAACGUACUACACCACUUAUGGAAAGCUCAAAAAAGAAGAGAAAACUGAUAAUUUCCGGUGAUCCUCAUCCACCGGAAGAGGAAGAUGACAUUGAAAAGGCAAAGAUGGACACAUUCUUUGCUCUAAUCGAAGGCUUUAGAGAGGCUCGUGAUCACUUGUUAAUGAGCUCCGGCGCAACACUGAAGCAGGAGAUCAGAAAGCUUGACCGGCGGGAAGAGACUGUUACAGUUUGGAAACCAUGUUUUGAAGCUGAAGAUUUCUUGGAGGAAGCUUCGAAGGCCAAAAAUCAUGCAGUGGAAGGUUCUCAAAAAGAUGAAGAUAUUGCAGAGAAAGAAGAGAGCAAAGAUGGCUUAGACUUGAGGCUUUCACUUUAGAAUAGCAUCUUAUUUAUGUUAAAUUUUUCGAAAAUCUGAGUCAAACUCUUCUGAUCAGAGAGGUGGUUGAGCUACAUGACUCUGUGAUGGAUCUGUUAGUCCGGUGCAUAUUGAGCAGGUGAAAUAGUAAAUUUGGUCGAAUUAUCAUGA